GCCUAUAUGACUUAUUUGCUUUGCUUCACAUUAUCUAAUAUAUAUAUUAUUUCACGUUUACGAUGCAAGCUAUGAAUGUUCUCCUUAGUCGUGUAGGGACCAAUGAAGCUGCUGUUGCAGCAUCUAAAUUACAAGGUGCUACAGAAGGCUACAGCGCUAUGUUACUCAAAACGGUGGGGUUCAAAUCCGAAUGCAUUCGUGAGCUGUCAGAAGGCUCGCUUGUAUUUCCGUGGACUUCAAACAAAGAGUCUUUAAACGCGUUUGGAACCGUUCACGGUGGUGUGUUAUCUACGCUGGCCGAUGUUUUUACACGGAUUCAUCUUAAAGCGGCCGUUCCUCAAUUACAUGUUACUUCAAUCAGUCUUGAAAUCAGCUUUCUCUCCCCUGUUUUUGAGGAUAAGGAAUGCGUAUGCGUUACACGCCUAGUUGGUAAACGUGAUAAUACCGUCUUCACAAACUUCUCGCUUGAGGACGGAAGUGGGGCGAUUUAUGCUCGGGGAUCUCAUAUCCUUUCGUUAUCGUAAUACAACUCUUUAUUAUUUAGAACGAUUCACAAGAAAAGAUGUAGUUGUGUUAUAUUUUUCCCCUCUUGCUCAUUCCUUUUGCUACCCCUUAGGUUGAUUUGAUGGGUCUAAAUGAACCUUUAUCAUUACAAAACUGAUAAAAGUUUGUAAUCUGGAGAUGCACAGUCUCCUGAUAAUUUAUAAUCACUUUUAAAUGACCUCUAUAGUGAUCUCCUUAUCAAUGA